AUGACAGACUCUCAAUCGCCAGGUGCGGCUGCACCCUCAAAUGGCAAGCCUGAUACCACAGGUUUCAUUCCUGGCGAUGACACCUGGACGCAAUUCCGAAACAUCUAUUCCAUUCUCACGGGCAAGAUGUCCAAUGAAGGAAUAGAACAGUUUCGUGUUGCGCGGGAUGAUCGCAAUGAAGCCGCAGAUUGCAAGCGCUGCGAGGAUCAGCGUGAUUAUCUUCUUCAAUAUAGCCCUACAAUCCGAUUCCUCAGCGAGAGCAUUAAACAAUUAGGAGGCGAUCUCCAUAACCACAACAUUUAUUGUCGUCGCUGCACGGACAGAAAAGGUGGUGGCUUUGACCCGGAAUAUGGCAUUCUGAUUUGCGCAAACGAGAUGAAGGACCAAGGACACCUUGAAGACACAAUGGCCCACGAGAUGGUUCAUGCAUUUGACCACCUGAGGUUCAAGGUCAAUUGGUCUGAUAACCUGCGGCAUGCGGCUUGUAGCGAGAUUCGGGCCAGUUCACUCAGCGGCGAGUGCAGGUGGGCGCGUGAGUUCUUCCGCAGAGGGCAAUGGAAGCUUACACAGCAGCACCAAGAGUGUGUCCGACGGAGAGCUAUUCUGUCUGUGAGGGCACGCCCGACUUGCAAAGACGAAGCCCAUGCCACCAGGGUCGUCGACGAAGUUUGGGAUAGCUGUUUUAGGGACACCCGUCCAUUUGAUGAGAUCUACCGAUGA